UUGGCAGUCAGGAGAGGGGCAGCUGCCACACUCUUUAGAUAACUCUCUCUAUUUAAAGUUCAAAGAGACGCUGGAUAACAAUAAGGAAGAGGUAAGCGUGGCCCUGACCAAGCCAACUUCAAACAGGAAUAAUGGCUGAAAAAGCGGUGUCUACAUAUUCACACCUUCUGGUGCCUGUUCUUCUCCUGAUCGGCUGGAUUGUGGGCUGUGUCAUUAUGGUUUACGUUGUCUUCUCUUAAAAAGGCAAGAAGACAUCAGAUUGACAUCAUUUAGAAGAAUUCAGAAAGACAUGAACAUGACUGAUUAUUAAACAUGUCUCUUGUUAAAUAACUGCAAUGUUUGACAUCACUUUAUAAACUUGGACCAUAAGUUAGCA